AUGCAGCGGCCCGGAAGCACCCAGCGAACCCCGGUACCUGAUGUGCCAGGGCCGGACCACCCGAAUCCGCCAGGCCCGCCGAGCCCGCCGAGCCCGCCAAGCGAAGGCGGCGUUGGGGAUACACCCGGAGAGGAAGACCACGCAGGUGGAUCGCCCGGCGGCGGAAAUCACGGCCAUGAUGAUGAACAGGACGAUCACGAUGAGGACGAAGACCACUCGGUCGACGGGGAUGACGAUGAGGAAGACCACGACCAUGAGCAUGACUGGGAUGAUGAUGAAGAGGAUGAUGAAGAGGAUGAUGGAGAGGGUGAUGAAGAGGAUGAUGAAGAGGAUGAUGAGGAUGAUGAUAAAGACGAGGACGACGAUGACGAUGAUAGUGAUGAUGAGGCUGAAGACGAAGACGAUCACGACAACCAAGGCUCGCCUGGCGGGUAUCCUGGUUCCGGCGGACACGAAGACGACGACCACAACGGCGACCACGGACACGACCAUGGACACGAAGAGGGUUCACCCGUUGAGGGCGACGACGGAGGAGAGCACGGCGACUCUGGUGGUGGAAACGGUAGUGGCGGGCAUGGCGGAGAGGAGCCAGGCAGUGAUGAUGGUGGUCAUGAGGGAGAUAAAGGUGGCGAUGCGCCAGGCAGCGGUGGAGGUGAUCAAGGGGAGGUUCUGGAGGCGAAGGGGGCCACGAAGGCGGGGAGGCAACGACGGAGGUCAAGGGACUGGCCAAGGAGGGGCAAAGGCAACGGUGACGAGAGCAAUAAGGGCCCUGACGCCGACAAACCCGCUACGACCACGCAGCGAGCCUCCCCUACGGCCCCUGCCCAGGCCGGGGCCGUGGGAGCGGUGGCCAACCUUGGGCUUUUGGCAGGUGCCAUGGCCAUGGUUCUGUAA